CGAUUUUUUAGCAACAAGUUGAAUUAAAAAUACAACGUGGAGCAGUUCGGAGAUUCGCCGGUCGUUCGAUGCUGAUCAUCCUCCUGAUACAUAGGAAAUCAGAAGCAUUCGCUGUUGCUGUUGCUGUUGUUGCUGCUUGGUGUAAGGUGCACAUUACAGGAUCAGUCACCAUGCCUAUUACCAGGAUUCAUGCCCGCGAAAUCUUUGACAGUCGUGGAAAUCCCACUGUUGAGGUCGACCUGACAACCGAGCAUGGGAUGUUCCGAGCUGCUGUUCCUAGUGGAGCAUCCACAGGGAUAUAUGAAGCCCUUGAACUCCGAGAUAAGGAUCCUAAACGAUUUCUUGGCAAGGGUGUACUAAAGGCAGUGGCAAACAUCAAUGACACAAUAGCUCCUCACCUCAUUGAAAAGAAAUUUGAUGUAACAUGCCAGAAGAUGAUUGACUCUGCAAUGCUGGCACUUGAUGGAACCGAAAAUAAAUCUAAGCUUGGUGCAAAUGCAAUCUUGGGAGUGUCGCUAGCUGUUUGCAAAGCAGGAGCAGCUGCGAAGGGUGUCCCCCUCUAUCAACACAUCGCUGAUCUUGCCGGAAACAUGGAGGUCAUCCUACCAGUACCGGCAUUCAAUGUUAUCAAUGGCGGAAGUCAUGCAGGUAAUAAGCUUGCUAUGCAGGAGUUUAUGAUUCUGCCAACAGGGGCUGAGAAUUUCAAAGAAGCUAUGCGGAUUGGCUGUGAGGUUUACCAGACGCUCAAGAAAGUUAUUAAGGAGCGCUACGGUCAGGAUGCUACCAAUGUUGGUGAUGAAGGAGGAUUUGCACCCAAUAUUCAAGAUAAUAUGGAAGGCCUGGAGUUGUUGAAGGUGGCUAUUGCUAAAGCUGGUUACACCGACAAGAUUGAGAUUGGAAUGGAUGUAGCUGCUUCUGAAUUUUACAAAGAUGGUAAAUAUGAUCUGGACUUUAAGAACAAGCAAUCUGAUCCAUCUAAGUGGCUGACUGGGCCUCAACUUGCCGAUCUUUACAUGGAGUUUAUUGAUAAAUACCCAGUUGUCUCCAUUGAAGAUGCUUUUGAUCAGGACGACUGGGAGAACUGGAGUAAGUUCACGUCUCGCGUGAGCAUACAGGUGGUUGGCGACGACUUGACCGUUACUAAUCCGAAGCGCAUCCAGACUGCUGUGUCUUCUAAGGCUUGUAACUGCUUACUUCUGAAACUGAACCAGAUUGGCUCGAUCACUGAAUCCAUUGAAGCGUGCCAGUUGGCACAAAGCAAUGGAUGGGGCGUCAUGGUGAGCCAUCGUAGUGGCGAGACCGAAGACACAACCAUUGCGGACUUGGUGGUCGGUCUUUGCACAGGACAGAUCAAAACUGGAGCACCAUGUCGUUCUGAGAGACUGGCCAAGUACAACCAGAUUCUUAGAAUUGAAGAGGAACUUGGAUCCAAAGCGAAGUUUGCUGGGAAACGUUUUCGCAACCCCAUGAAGUAAAAGAAAAACGGAUUCAAGGAAACAAAACUUUCAAUUAUAUUGUAGAUCAUUAUACAGAAAAAUAACAAAUAUAUUGAAGAUGCUUUGCAUGAAAUUGUUGUAGUCAUCCGGUGGAAGGAUAUAAAUAUUGGAUUGUUCUAAGAUUAAUUAAUUAUUAAACAUGUAUCAAAUUAUUUGCAGUGACUAAACUGUUUUUAUGUUUUCCUUUUCUCAAAUGCAGUUGUCUAAUGAAAGAGAUUUAUUAUUGUAAUAAUACAGUAUUGUAAAAAUGAGUUGCAUAAUGUAUUUAUUGUUUAUGUAGUGUAAAUUAGAACAAUUUUCAAAAUUCAGUAAAUGUUGAAAUAUUAUGUACGCCUUCUCAUUGUUACAUGUUAAAUAGUAAAACUAAUGUUAUCAGAAGUUUUAAUCUAAUACUUUAGUCAAUUAUUGUUGUUAAUGAUAUUCUGUGUAUAACAUAGACAUGAACAAAUAUAAUAUUCUAAAUUAUCAUAUCUACAAGGCCUAUUUUUUUUAUUUGUAAUAUAUUUCCUUUAUUAUAGCGGAUGAUUCCACUGAUAAGUAUUGUAUAAUAGACCAUGUCAUCAGCUUCUGCUGGAUGGUUCACCCUCAAUAAAUAUGUUCAAAUAAAUAAAUAAAUAACAAUUUUAAACUUAUGUUCACAACUCAAAAAGUUAAUUGUGAAAUUUUCAGUUGACACUUCAACCUUCAGCACACUGAUUCAUGUUACGUCUUGCGUUCUCUGACCUUUUGGACACGUGACCGUAAGAGUGGAUAUUAUGAAAAAAUGAAUUAAAUAACAUGAUUACUUUAUUUCUGUAGACAAUCAGAUGUGUAUUUAUAUUGUUUUUGAUUAGUUCCAAUGAGAAUAAAUAUUCAUUCCCAGAACACUAAAA